UUUCCGCGCGUUCUGAUCCGCUUGUUUUUAUCUCCUAAUUACAUGGAGCGCAAGUCUAUCUCAUGGUGGAAUAAUAAUCCUUCCAUGGUGAAUGAUCUAUCUUCCUGGUGCAGACGAGUAAUGCAUCUCAAUAAUUCUGAUUGAUUCUUCUUCUUCUUCUUAUUAUUCCUCUGUUUGAUUUUCCGAAAUCCAAUCUAAGAAAAUUCUGAUUAGUUGAUCUCCACUCUAUUACUUUUUUGAGAUUCCAUUUUCCGAAAUUUCAACUGUCAUGGGACAGUUUACAGCACUCUAACUUAGUAAAAGAAGAGACCAACGUAAUUCGCCGUUUUACUGCUGUCGUUUUAACAGGCUACAACGAUAGAUGGCGCUACGAUGAAAAUUUCUAGUCGCCUGCGUGAAGCAGAGAUCGAGCGAAAAUCGUCAACCUCAGCUUCGUGACUUCGUCGGAGAGAUGUCAGAGGCUCUGUAACAUUCACUGACAUUCACGUUUACUCGGUGAUUGCAGCCCAUAUUUUUACGUACGAGAUUUACGAGAUUCGGAUCAGCCUGGAGAAGAAAAAGCGGGUUUGCGAUCGUGACUCACUUCCGCCGUCUACGUCACCGUUGGCGAAAAGGUUCGUUUGCCCGCCCGCUCGCUACGCGACAAUAAAUCUUUGGUAGCAUCAUCGGGGUACCACCUGGACAUCCGCGUGUGACACAUUGUCGCUCAUUCCUUGUCGCUGACGUGUUGCUGCGAAGGAGCAUCUGACGAUGGCGUCUUACUCCGAGGAUCAGCUGGCCGAAUUUCAGGAGGCGUUUCAGUUAUUUGAUAGCCGCGGGGAUGGAAAGAUCCAUGUGUCUCAAAUCGGCGAUGCGUUACGCGCUCUUGGUCAAAAUCCAACCGAAUCAGACGUGAAGAAAUUCACUCAUCAACAUAAACCGGAUGAGCGUAUUAGUUUUGAGGUAUUUCUACCGAUCUACCAGGCAAUCAGUAAGUCCCGUGCCUCUGACACGGCAGAUGACUUUAUCGAAGGCCUGCGUCACUUCGACAAGGAUGGAAAUGGUUUCAUAUCUUCUGCGGAAUUGCGACACCUUUUGACUACACUUGGUGAAAAACUCAGCGACGAGGAAGUAGAAACAUUACUAGCGGGUCACGAAGAUUCACAGGGUAAUAUCAAUUAUGAAGAUUUUGUCCGCCAAGUCAUGUGCGGCUAAGCUUAGCUACUUAAACGCACAUAAGAGAGUAUUAUUAUUAUUAUUAUUAUUAUUAUUAUUAUUAUUAUUAUUAUUAUUACCGUUUAUAUAUUUUGCCAUUUAUUCAUCGAAUCUAUUAAAGCGUUUUACUUUUUGAAGUAUCAUAUCAUAGCACGUGUACCUACAUGACAAUUUAUCUCGAGGGAACCUUAACGUGAACAUACUAUUUUAUUACGUACUAUGAAAAAGAAGGUUAGUCCCUUUUAUAUAAGAGUCUAAAUUAGUUAAACAAUGGUAGGUAAAGAACAAUCUAGCGCAUUGUGCCUUGACGUAUACUCCGAUUUACGAGCAUUUAGUGAUAUCGAUAGUAAGACAUACACCUAUUAUGCGAUCUUCAGCGAGAAUCUGAAUUCCGCGGACAUUCCAAAUUUUUGUAAGAUAGACUUCGAGAAUUGAGAAUGUCUGGCCAUUUGAGAGCGAGGGCCGAACAUUUUGAUUUAUGCCAACACUUAAUGGCCAUGUACUUUUCUUCUUUUUUUUUAUCCUCUUCGAAUUCAAUAUAUUUUCUAUGUAAUUAAAAAAUGUAUGUUCGAGAAUCUUCCAUCUACUGAUAGAUGUCCUAGAAAAAAUGCGCAGAGAGUAUCCCCUUUAUUUAUUUAUGCAUGAGCGUAUUUAUGUCUUCGAAAUGCGCAAGAAAAGAUUAUUGUACAUUGCAAUGAAUAAAAAAGAAAUUGCUCUAAGAAGAAUUCGAUGUAAAACUUCGUUGACGAUGUCUCUUAUAAGUAAAACCGGAGCAUAUUGUUCUUACAAUGAUUGUCCAAUAUAAUUGUGUUAUCAAUUGGAAAA